GCUCGGGUUUUAGAACAAGUCAUCUUUUCAGGACGUUACGAGACCUCCACACCAUUUCCUGAGCGAGAAUGAAAAUAACAUUUGCCUUUCCAAGCAGACUGCGGAAGAAGAAUUUAAUUUCUUUGCUGCUGGUGAUCUGUGCCUUCCUGCUGCUCUUCCUAAAGUUCCCUGUUAAAUACAGCAUUGCCAUUGAAACCUAUGGGUCUACCGCAGGCUACAAUGACGUUGAGCUGCUCCAUCGCUACAACAUUGACUGCAAUGCCAUCUAUGAAAUGGAGCCGGCCGAGUUGGGGAAGUCGCUGGUCAUCAGAAAACAGGUGGUGGUGGAAGAGCAGGACAAGAGCUUGGUCAACCUGAUCUCCAACUGCCCGCGAUACCUCCACUCCCGGGGCUAUGGGGCUGUCCAGGUGUCUGAGGAGGAGCAGGCCUUCCCCCUGGCCUACUCACUGGUGGUCCACAAGUCUGCCUCCAUGGUGGAGAAGAUCCUCAGGGCCGUCUACACCCCUAACAACAUCUACUGUAUCCACUACGACCUGAAGUCAUCAGAACUGUUCAGAGAGUCCAUGGAGGGUCUGGCACGCUGUCUGCCCAACGUCUUCAUCGCCUCUAAGCUGGAGGCAGUGACAUACGCCAGCAUCAGCCGCCUCAAUGCUGACCUCAACUGCUUGUCUGACCUUAUAGGGUCAAAGGUCAAGUGGAGGUAUGUCAUCAACCUGUGCGGUCAGGACUUUCCCCUGCGCUCCAACAUAGAGCUGGUGGCUGACCUGAAGAAGCUCCGGGGGGGUAACAUGAUGGAGACAAGUCGCCCCAGCGAAUACAAGAAGCAGCGUUUCUCCUUCCACCACGAGCUGCAGAACGUGUCAUUCGAGUACAACCGGCUGCCGGUGAAAACCAACAAGGCCAAGGGGUCUCCGCCGCACGGCAUACAGAUGUUCAUCGGCAGCGCGUACUUCGUGCUCUCGUGGGAGUUCGUCACUUAUAUGAACACGUCUGCGCUGGCCAGGGACUUCCUGGUGUGGUCAAACGACACCUACUCCCCAGACGAACACUUCUGGGCCACGCUGAUACGGGUGCCGGGUGUGCCAGGUGAGGUGCCACGGGCCCAGGCCGACAUCACAGACCUGAUGAGCAAGACCAGGCUGGUGAAGUGGAACUACCUGGAGGGACUGCUUUACCCAUCAUGCACAGGGAAACACGUCCGCAGUGUGUGUGUCUAUGGGGCGGGGGAGCUGCGCUGGCUACUGAACUACGGCAGCUGGUUCGCUAAUAAGGUGGACGCCGAAGUUGACCCGGUCCUUAUCCAAUGUCUUGAGGAUAAAUUACAGGAAAAACAGAGACUCUUGGUCAAGGCUAUGAAGUUGCAACAAAAGAUUCCCUCCUCUGUGUUAGCAGUUGAUGUUAUUCUUCAAUAAUACAAACUCCAAAGCAAAUCAGGGGGAGACAAAUGUAUUUAUUUGAGAAGGACAAAUCAUAGMUGUUAUGCUGGGAGGUAGAUGUUCAGUUUCCCCUGUCCUCAGCUUUUCUCAGCAGAACAAAGGAACAGGAUGCCAUUGAU